CGAAGAACCGUAAACAAAGAGAUCCAGUAGAACAGGGUCGCGGAACCACAGCUGCCGCUGCUAAAAACAUCAGCUUGAAAGCAGGACACGUUGUUGGUCGAGCAUGCCCAGUAACACAGCUCAACUCCUGGAGUCAGACGAUACUGAGCCGGACCUCCCGGUACCGGUACAGAACCUGAGCGGGUUGAGCCUCCGGGAUGAUGAGAGUCCAUCAGAACUACAUGCUACUUCUCAUCUGGGUGUCCUGGGUGCGGUAUUGGACCUCCAGCCCUUAUCCCAAACUGGAUCAGAGGAGGAAAACACCACCACCAGUAACAAUAGCAACAUUAUCAGACAUGAUGCUGAUCUAGACCAGCUGAGGGCCUGGGCCCUCACAGCCGUGGAGGCACCGGGGACCAGUGGGCUCUUCCAGGACGGGCCGGGCGAGUCCCAGGGCUAUCAGGUUCAGGGGAGUAUGAUGAUGGCGAUGAUGAUGAUGCAGGAGGGUGAGAGGUGUGCACUCAAUACCAGGAGGAAGAGCGUGAACACAACAGAGUGUGUGAUGGUGGCCACUUCUGAACAUGUGGCGGAAAUAGUUGGCCGACAGGGUGGGUUUGUUUGAUCGUUAAGGUUUCAUAUCACUUGUCUCGUCACGCCAAGCCGUGACAAAGAACCAGUGUUUGAGGUGACCGGGAUGCCUGAGAACGUAGACCGAGCUCGGGAGGAAAUCGAAGCCCAUAUUGCGAUGCGAACCGCAGGAAGCGUGGACACCAGCAUGGAUGAUGAUGACUUCCACUACAACGGCACCGACGUUGGUUUCGAGUCGGGCGGCAACAGAGCAUGGCUCUUCUCCGGCAGCGUUUCCAACUUCCACAGCAACGCCGCAGGGUAUCGCAACGACAGCUCCAGCUCGCUCGGAAGCAACUCUAGCGAGUCGUACUACAGCGGGAAAGGCAGCGGAGUGGCGGAUCUCAGUCCCGGCAGCAGUGGAGGCACAUUCUGGUUUGGCGAUUCCCAGUUGCCCUUGGGAUCCGAAGAUCCUGCGGGAUACGACGGGCUAACGAUGACGGCGCCGUCCACCAAUCCGCAGCCGACACUGUGGGGCACUUUCGAGCGGGGAGGCGCUAGUUUGCCCACUACGCCGAGGCUCUCUCCAUCCCGUCUGUCUCCGUCUCUUCCGGAGGAUCAUCCGCUGGUUCGGUUGGUGCAGGAGAAUUCCCAGAGCCUCCCGGCCUUUGGUUCCGCAUUUUCUCCGUCUAGCGACAGCACGGGCUCCAGCUCUCUGCCGGACGUGCGCACUUACCCCAAACACAGCCAGGCUCCUGCGUGCGUAUGUUGCGGAGACAACAUGGCGGCGCUUGUCCUGGGCGGGCAAAACCUUGUUUGUUUGGAGUGUUCCAACUCCAUCCUGCAAAGUGCGUAGAGAGAGAGGAAAAAAUUGGGAUCUCAAGAAGUACACUGGUUUAAUUUUUUACAUUGAAAUACUUCUUCCUUCUGUAUUAUGCUUAAAUAACUGGGAAAUGCAGGUUUUUGAUUAAUAACCACAGUUGAGUUCAUCUCAGAGAUUUGCGUUUAGCUGCUACGUCGUUCUUACGGCGAGCGGCGCUGGGGUUUAGCAGUGCUAAAUUGCUAUCACCUGUGUUUUUUGUUGUUUUGUUUUCAAGGUAUCGAUUGUGUUUACAUUUUCAUGUGCCUGAUUCCAUGACGUUGCUGCAAAAUUAUCUGUGGCCUUUUGUUUCUGUUUCACAACACUAGAGUCGAGCAGCAUGCGAUCAUAAAGAGCAGUCCUGAACUCUUUGAACAUCUCCAUAAACAUUAUGAAAUUUAAGGGCAUUGCAUGUCAUCAUUAAAGGAAUAGUUCACCCAAAAAUGAAAAUUUGCUGAAAAUUUACUCACCCUCAGC